GUAGGCUAAUGUAACCACAGUGUUCACGUGUUUGAAAAACAGGUUAAUAGUAGUUUACUUUUCAAAUGUGAGGGUCACCAGUCUAAAGUUCAGUUCUGCAGUAACGCCACCGCCACUGCUGCUGCUGCUGCUGCUGAGCACAUGUUGGUUGGAAAUAUCUUUGGACUUUCGGCGAUUUAAAUCACUUCAAGGGAUAAAACGAUGCACUGGACUGAAAUGAAAAAAGAUGAGCUUGAAAGGCAGUAUUCGCCCAGCCGGUGGUCGUACAGGAUGUCUGCAGACGACGUGAUCAAGGCUCAUGUAAAGGCUUUAAAGGAAGGUACGGAGCGAGCUCGUGGCCUUGCUCAAACUUUACUCAACGUGCCCUAUGGUGAGGGAGAUGGAGAGAUGGAUGUCUACAUACCCAGCACCAACUCUUUGGAUGUGCCCCUUGUUAUUUACCUACAUGGAGGCUACUGGCAGUUUCUCAGCAAGGAGGAGUCAGGGUUCAUGGCUGUUCCACUCGUAGAUAAAGGUGUAGUGGUGGUUGCUGUUGGAUAUGACAUCGCCCCCAAAGGUAACAUGGACCUGAUGGUGUCUCAAGUACGCACAAGUGUUGUGUCUGUCAUUCAGCAGUACUCUCACAUCAGCGGUCUGUACCUGUGUGGCCACUCUGCUGGGGCUCACCUGGCUGCAAUGGUCCUCUCCACUGACUGGUCGCAGUAUAACAUCACUCCUCAGAUCAAAGGGGCUUUUCUGGUCAGUGGAAUAUAUGACCUCCUGCCCAUCCUGUCCACUUAUGUCAAUGAACCAUUGAAGAUGACAGAGGAGGUGGCGGUCAGGAACAGCCCCAGCAAGCUGGUCCCUCAGCUCAAACUCUCCUCCUCCAGCUGCCACAUUGUUGUGGCUGUCGCUGAGAACGACUCGCCAGAGUUUCGCAAGCAGUCUGAAGAAUACUACAAAACUUUGGAGGCAUCAGGACUGAAUGUGACCAUGGAGGAUGUGCCAAACACAGACCACUUCAGUAUCAUUGAGCAACUGGUAGAUGGGGAGUAUCACCUAACAAAGCUUCUCUUGAAGAUGAUGGGGAAAAGCUGAGGUGUCCUUGAUCCACCAUCUAAUAUCAGCAUACCUCUAUAUCAACGUACACCUCUCAGUCAUCAUGCACCGAUACCGAUAAAAUAUGCAUUAUUUCAGGUUUGUACUGUGGUAAAUGUACAAUUUCUAUCCAUUUUGAUUGAUCAAGAACAAUAUGGCAUGGAUUGUUCUGAGUGUCUAGUUUACUGUUUCAUUUAUAAUCGACUUUGUUCACUGUAGUUACUGUUGUCAGAAAACGUCCUGUGUAAGCUUAAUAUGUUCCAACCACAUUAACAUGUCAUAAAAACAUUGUGUGCCUAAAACUGUACCACUUGAGGGAUGGUGAUUGUGGUCUGAUUCACUUGUGACAAUCUGCACCGCAACUUCAAGUCCCUAGAGAGGACAAUAACAGGAGCUCAUGUCAAGUAUACUGACAUAUCAUACAAAGUGAAUGUAGCUUUUUAUUGUAACCACAAUGCUGAUAUCACACACAGGGAAAUUUAAUGUAUCAUUCACACUUGGUAAAUGUUGAUAAUGAAAACUAUAUAUUUGCACUCUUUAUUUUACCCUAAUACAGUAAAAGAAUACUGAUUCAAAUAGACAUAUUUUUAAAAAAAAGGUAACUAAAUUGUAACUGAUGCACAUUGUUACUUACUGCCCUCUUUUUAGCAGCUUUAAUAAUUGUUUACAUUAUUGUUUGCACAAUUUUCUGUUUAUCAUUACUGUAGAUUAUAAAGAAAAUCAUCACAAUAAAUAUUUAUAUUUGAGAA